AUGGCCCGGGUCCUGCCGGUCGCCGUCGGUUGCAUCAGCCUCCUCUGCCUGCAGCUCCCGGGCGCGCUGUCCCGCGGCCCGGGCGGGGGCCCGCGGCCCGUCAGACGUCGGGAGCCCCCAGCCCGGGCCUCUUCCCGAGGCUUGCAGCCCUGGCAGCCUGCACCCCGGCCUGUGGUCCAGAAGCUUCAUCAGGCCCUCCAGCCACAGAGGAGUUCCAGCCUGGCCCCUGCUAUGGGUCAGCCACUGCCGGAUGGUGGCAGCCGACACUCAGGUCCCCGAAGACACUUGGGCUCCCACAGGCCCCGAGCCCAGCUCCUGCGGGUGGGCUGUGUGCUGGGGACCUGCCAGGUGCACAAUCUCAGCCACCGCCUGUGGCAGCUUGUGGGACCAGCCGGCCGGCGGGACUCAGUGCCUGUGGACCCCAGCAGCCCCCACAGCUAUGGCUGAGGGGGGCUGGCCGCACCCCUGCCCAGCCCCGGAGCUGCAGCUGAGCCCCGGCCCA